AGCACUGCGACAGUUGCAUUAAGGUUGGCUAGUUUGAGUUCGGCCGAGGUUGGAAUUUCGGCUUGUAGGUUGUAUGUUCUCCCCGUGUGUGCGUGGGUUUUACUCCGGUUUCUUCCCACAUUCCACAAACAUGCACGUUUGGUUAAUUGGAAACUCCAAAUUGUAGGUAUAAAUGCGACUGAAUGGUCGCUCGCUUGUCUCUAUGUGUCCUGUCAUUGGUUGGCCAACAGUCCAUGGUGUACCCCACCUGUCGCCCCAAGUCAGCUGGGAUGGGCUCCAGCAUACCCCCACCACCUUGGUGAAGGUACGCAACAUACCAACAGCUCAGAUAAGUUGAACAUGUUAACUUGAAGGUACUCGCAGUGCGUACACGUUGUGGUCUGCAACCCCCCCCCCUCCAAUGGCUAAGACUAUAGGACUCCAGUGAAGACUCUGUGAGGAAAGUAUCACCACUUGGAAGAAGCUAGGAGCCAAUUUGCCACCAAAGUGUUGCUGGAGGGGGAGGAGUUGUGACCCUGAGGGGGCGUGGCCAAAGCCAACAUACCUCUGUAAUGAGGAUGUGGCGUUGGCCUGGUGUGAGCGACACAAUCGGGCUGUUGUGAGCCAGCUGACUCCCUCGGCAGGAAUGUGCUCUGGAGACUCCGCCCACAUUCAAACAUGGCCCGCCUGGCGCCCGACAGCUGCGGCACUGCAAGGUGAAGUCACCGUGGACCACCAGGUGAGGGGGGUCCUGUUACUCGAGGCCAAGAACUUUCCAACUAUUCAGUGCCUCACCACAUCCUGCAGAGGGUGCAAUUUCUUCUUCCAAUACAUUUUCUAUUUAAUACAGAGCAGUGGUUAAGUUUUAUGUAUAUGUCAACCCUUAUAGACUCAGACGUGUUCCACUCUAAACCUGUAGGUGGCAGUAAUGCACCUUAUUACCAACAAACUCUGGGCCACUGCCAGCACUUCCUUCCAUCCAUGGAAAAAAUGUGAAAUAAUGUGACUUUGUUUGAAGAAAUUAACAUUUCCUUUAUUUUCAAACGAAUGAAAUUCCUUUCCACAAUACAUUUUCCUUUAUAAGUAUUUGAAAAUAUCUUUUUUUGCUGGUUUGUAAUAUCUUUCCUAUAAUCUUAUGUCAAUAUAGUUCUCUUUUGGAAAAGAAAAAAAGGUUUGUGUCCAGCGUCUGGAGAGUUGUUGGCUUGCGUCGUGUCCGCUGUGAGGCAGAGAGGCUGAUGGGAAAUGCGACGCCAUGCUCCCGUGCCCCCGGCCACACAAUUGGGGCCCAGAACACCCGGAACGUUCCGUCCUCCGCCAGGCUCCUGUGACAAUAUUGCUAACUGCUCCUCAUGAGGGUCCUCCUCAAGAGUGACGUCGCGUAUCUGACCUGCAAACAUCCCACAAACUGAACAAGAACAAGACAACAGGAUGCUAAACUACCUUUCAUGGAGGAGAGCCUUACUUUGAGUCACAAUUUAACACUAUGAGGAGGCUGUUGACACUCAUGCACGUUCUUCUUGUCGUCAGUCGUCAUCCACGUCGUCGCCCUCAGACUCGUCCCGCCUCUCGUACAUCUUGUCCCGGUGCCUCUCCUGGAUCUCCUUCAUCUCCUCGGCGUAGCGGCUGAAGGCGCCGCCGAAUUUAGCCCAGGCCUUGAAGGGGACCGUGAUGGAGUUCCGGUAGCUGGGCUUCACCUCGCUGACUCGCAGGAAGACGCCGUACUUGUUGGAGCCCACGUCGAAGAAGAAGCGCUUGGAGUCCACCAUGAUGGAUGUGCCCUCGGGGAGCUCGCCGAACCCCCCAGCGGCCAUGCCCCCGGCCAGCUCGUCGUCGUCGCCGCCGUAGUCGUCGAUGAGCUUUGCCAGCGCGUCUCGAAACUCGAUCAAGCCCUGGGCCGGAAGAGCUAUGGUCUGGCCGGCCAGCAUGCCGCCAACUGGGCCGCCCAUGCCGAAGCCAGGCCCGCGAUUGACGGUCUGCCGAAUCCGCAGGAACCUCCCCCGCUGGUUCUCCUUCAAGUCCAAGUAGUACUUGCGGUUCUCCCGAACCAGAAACUCGCUCUUCAGAGCUCGUCGAGGCCCGCCGUCCUCGCCGGCGGAAGCCUGGGCUAUCUGUUCGGGACUACUGGGCCCCAGCUGGGCGUAGUGCUCGAUGAAGUCCCCGAGGUAGUCGCGCACCUCGGCGGCCACUGACAGGGAGAGGGUCAGGCGACUCUUGGAGCCCCCGGCCCCGACCUCGGCGAUCUUAAUGAAGCGGCCCUUGUUGUUCUGCUUGACGUCCAGGUAGAAUCGUUUGUUCUGGAUGUCGAGGCGCUUGGAGGCCAGCUCCUGGGUCUCCUGGUCCCUCUGGAAGUGUUGGAAGCCUCCUCCGCCUCCCCCCCCGCUGCUACCGCCGCGCUCACUCCCGCUGUCACCAUCCGCCAUGUUCAGCUUCUGCCCAUCUCCUCCUCUCCGGCCAGCGCGCGCCGCCUUCACGCUCUCCGGGGCUGUGCUCGUGAGCGGGACCCGAUUCGCUGAGCGGUCUGUCCUUCAGUCGAGUCGCCCCAGUUACGGCGUUUUCAUUGGUCCGCUCUCCCUGUCAGUCACGGCGUCGUCUUUUAGCUCUUGACGACAUUGGUGGAGAGGGAAGUUCCGGUUGAUUUUUUAUCAAACUAUUUUCAGACGCUUGUGCGAAAUGUCAUUGUUGUGACAUCAUGUUUACGGAAAUAUUCUUUUACAUGAAUUGACUAAGUAUAUAAAAAGUGACUUUCAAACACAGCGAUACUUUCAAGAGGAAACGACCAACGUAUUUAACCAACAUGACAGAUGAACACUUUUGCUGUCAAGCGUUUCCAUUUUUAAACGCCCUUGCCGACAGGUGGCAGCAAAGUUCCACCUACCUCAAAGCAGAGUUUACUGUAAUGUUAAAGCCAUUUGUUCCUGUUACUUCUACUUUGCCUCAGUAGACUUACUCCAGACUAUUUAAAUUGUUCAUUCCUUGUAACUAUACGUGGUAAACUCACUAACUAUAACACUGGGCAACAUCAUAACGUGUCAAAGAAAAUCAUAAUCUAUGACAUAUGUCAUGAUGGCCGUGCUGAAAAAAACAGCAUAGACCAGCAUAUGCUGUGUUUGCGUGCAGCAUGGUCUUGAGACCACAAUGACAAUUCAAAUAAAAAUUAUAAUUACAAUUAGAAUUAAAAUUACUUUCCAACUUACAAUUUCAAUUCCAACUCAAAUUAAAUUACACAUAAUUAAAUGUACAUUUUAAAAUUACAAUUACAUGUAACAAUGCAAUUCAAAUUACAGUCAAAAUUCAAAUUACUGUUAAAAUUACCAUUCCAAGCACAGCUUAAAUUACAAUUAAAAUUGCAGUUACUGAUUACAAUUGUUCUCCCAGUGCAUCCGUGGAUUUUCUCCCACAUUCCAAAAACAUGCUAGGUUAAUUGGCCACUCCAAAUUGUCCAUAGGUAUGAAUGUGAGUAUGAAUGGUUGUUUGUCUAUAUGUGCCCUGUGAUUGGCUGGCCACCAGUCCAGGGUGUAUCUGCCUCUCGCCCAAUGACAGCUGGGAUAGACUCCAGCAUCCCCGCGACACUUGUGAGGAUAAGCGGUAGAAAAUGAAUGAAUGAAUGAUUGCAAUUGUAAUCUGAUAAUAAUAUUGAUAGUAAUGAAAUCCGUAAUAAAAAAAUAAUCAAAUUACUAAUGUAAUCUGAUUACAAUUGUAAUCAAAUUACUAUUGUAAGAUUUGUAUUAGUACUUUGAUUACUUGUGUAUACUGAUUACUUUUGUAAUCGUAAUGCAAGUGUAAUCUGGUUACAAUUCAAUUGUGAUUACAAUUGUAAUCAGACUACAAUAGUAAUUUGUCAUAUCUAUCUAGAAAUUAUGUCUAUCGACAAAUUGUAAUUGUAAUCAGUUUACUUUUGUAAUCUGUCACUUUGUCUGUCCAUGCUGCAGGGUCGAUACCUGAAAACGGCAACAGAGGAGGAGAUAUUUGCUCAUCUCUCGCUGGACUACAUCCCUCCUGACAGGAACGCUUGACCCGUCACAUGAUGAUGAUCCAGACUGAUGAUCAGAUGAUCCAUCCAUCCAUCUUUGAUGAUGGACAGCAGCUUCUGAACCAGACAGGACGUCUGCCAACUGGUGUUUAAGAAGACCAGCAAGUAAUGACCUCCACCAAUUUACAAUGAUUUCUUCUUGCAGACCAUCUAAUUGUUAUUUAUCUUUUUUAACUCAUCAACACAAAUGUUGGCAGUUAAAUUCCUACUCGAUCACUUAAAUGAUUAUUACAACAUAUAUCAAUAUAUAUUACGUGGUAUAUGAAUAUGUAUUACAUCAUAUGUCAAUAUUUCUUAUUACAUCAGAUGUGAUUAUUCUAAAUGAGCCCGUCACAAUAAUGCACCAAUAAUGUUUCCUUUUUCUGCCUGGCCAGGAAUGUUUGAAACCCUUUUAAUACAAAGUACUAAGUAGACAAAGUGCAAAUGCACACUAUAUGUACAAAGUACUAUAUAUACAAAAUACAACAUAUACAAAGUACAACGUCAUACUAUAUUUACAAAGUGAUACAUUUACCAAGUAUAAAUACAAACUACAUAUACAAAAUACGUCAUCAUAAUACCAAUAGUCAAUAAUAUAUACCAAUAACCAAUAAUCAUAAUCAAUAUACCAAGAGGAAGACAAAAUACUCAUAUUUAUUUAACCAAAAACUACUUUAUUUGAAGUAAUUGUGGAACUGAGUAAAAUGAAUAACUAGGGUCAGAUAUUGAUGAAUGGGUUAUCAAUAACUAGUAAAAUAAGUUACAGUAGGUUAGAUAUUGAUUAAUGGGUUAUCAAUAACUAGUAAAAUAGGUUACAGUAGGUUAGAUAUUGAUAGUUUAGUUAUCAAUAAUUGGAUGAUUGUUUAAAUUAACAGAGUGACUAUGAAGGCAGAUAAUGUGGGAUGAUCCCAGGAUGAUCCCAGGAUGAUCCCAGGAUGAUCCAGUCAGCAGUUAACACUGCUGGUGAUGCCGUGUCGGCCAUGUUUUUUAUGCCACUGGGACGGCCCAUCAGGAUGUUAGGAGUAUUUUCAUGGGCGUGCAUGAGGACGUGCACGGCUGAGGUGUCUAUUAUCUUUAGGAGGCAGGAAGGUGGGGGGCAGGGCAAGGAGGUCCAGACUAAGUGGAGCCAUGGUGGAACAGCCUCAUUGAGACUGAAAGAGACGCUUUCAUGCCUGCUGUUGGGACAAGUCAAGGGACGGGGGGGGGGGGGGUCGGGGUGGAGGACGUGUGCUUUGAUGUGCGUCGAGGUGGGACGGGGCCUAUAAGUACAGAGGAGCAUCUUGAGGAACCUCACUUACCUGCAUGCUGACAGAGCUCCUUUUGACGUCAUGUGGGGACACUUCUCCAUCGAGUGGAUGGCACAAAGCAGCCAGAAAGCCGCCUCGGACGCUGCUGCCGGACCUGUGGCCUGCGGGACCGAUGCGGAGAGUCUACCUGGUUUUUACCGACGUCCAAAAAGCCAGAGUGGACUUCACCAGGAACGCCAUGAUGCCAGGAAGCCUGAACUUCAUUUGCAUGGACCAUCGGACAGUGUGCAGCAAGGAGGGUCUGAGGCAGAUUUCAGCAGCGGAACAGAGGAGGAAACGUCAGGUUACGAGAGCGAGGGCGAGCGUUCCAUCUCGCCGUCGGCCCACAAUGCGGACACGGCAGCCACCUCCUUACCGCGGACCCCACCCUCAGGGAGGAGACCCCGCACAGCCUUCACGGCGGAGCAGAUCAGCAGCUUAGAGCGAGCCUUCAAGAGGAACGCCUACCUGGGGACACAGGACAAGGCAGAGCUCUGCAAGAAGCUUAACCUGUCUGACAAACAGAUCAGAAACUGGUUCCAGAACAGGCGCAUGAAGCUGAAGAGGACGGUCCAGGAUGCGCUGGCGCACACCUGCCAAGCCAAUGGCACACCCCUCUUCACGGCGUACUCGGAGCUGCAGGCGUUCAGGCCGGCGCCGUAUCCCAGGUAUCACUCGGCGCCGUCGCAGGACGCCACUUUGACUCAUCCUCACAGUCUUCAGUACUCCUCGCUGCCUCUGGACUCCCUCUACCAAUACGGCGGCCUGACGGGCGCCAUAUUGCCAGCUGCCACACCCCCUCCUCUCAUGGGCCCCUACCCGACAUACUCGCAGUACUACUGACCUAUGCUUUUAUUUUGAAACAGGAAGUGUGUUUUUAUGCUGAUGAGAUUAAGUGUAAUUGGCAUUGUAGAACUUUUGAAGGCUUGUGUGCAAUAUUGUGUUUGGUAAUUGCAAUUAAAUCAAUAUUUCAAUU